AUCAACAUGUAUAAAAGAACCAACGCUAUCACCGUUGAUAUCAUUGUCCGUUUCAACGUUUCGAGAUCUCACCAGCAUCAAAAUGCCGACCUACAAACUUCAUUAUUUUCCCAUCCGAGCCAGAGGCGAGCUCAUCCGGCUGCUGUUCGCGGCUGCAGGGAAGACCUUCACUGACCAAAUCAUCACGUUCGCUGACUGGCCAUCAAAAAAAUCAGAAAUGCCAACUGGGCAACUCCCGGUCCUGGAAAUCGAUGGAGAAAAACUAUCCCAGAGUCUCACCAUUGCGAGGUUCCUCUCACGGGAGUUCGGAUUGGCUGGAGAUAGUAACCUGGACCAGGCGAGAGCGGACCAGGUAGUCGACACAAUAGGGGAUCUGUUCACGGAGUUCUUCAAGUACGCAUUUGAGAAGGACGCCGAAAAGAAGGAAGAACUUAAGAAGAAAACCUUCGAUAGUGUUCUAUCAACAUUCGCAACAAACGUGACCAAAUUUCUUGAUAUGAAUAAAACCAAGAGCGGCUAUUUUGUUGGUAAAAAGUUGACAGUUGCUGACCUGGCAGUGUAUGAGGGUUUCGAAGACUUCCUACUUGUGGAUCCCAAGUCACUUGACAAGUACCCCAAACUUGUUGCCCAUAGAAAGUUGGUGUUGAGCAAUUCCAAGGUGAAGGCUUACCUAGACAAGCGUCCGAAGACAGACGUUUAGAAAUAGAAAUGUCCAGCUGAUGUAACCGGUUGACGUUAUAAUUUCAUUAGCCAGAUCGUUGUCACGUGUAAUCCUUUGAACCGUGUGGUAGUGAUUGAUUUGAAGUGGCAUAGCUUUGGGAAUGGAAAUGCAAUACCAAUAACAUUGUCCAGUUCAAUAAAGCGGACAUGAUGAUGGUGUUGCCAGGUGCUUAACUGCAGUGUUGUGUAAGCUUGAUGUUUGAUCAGAAUUAACGUCAGACAAUGAUACAGGAGAUCCAAAAACAAUACUUCUUCAUUUAUUUAAUUCAGUAUUUUGGCAUUUACACAUUUAUUUUUCUAUUUAGUACGUUUACCUAUUUACUUGUUUUAAUAAAUGGUUUACUCAUAAAUGUA